GGUGUGAUCAGUGUUGGAAUGCAACAGGAUUAUCAUCUGACCUUAACCCAGAAGAAGCAAAGCAACCACACCAUUGAACCACACUUUCUGAUCUUGCACUACAAUGACUUUGAGUUUAAAAUGUCUACAUCACUGAAGCACGUUAUUCUGCAGGACAAAGGCCAGGAUGUUGAACAGAAGUUGGACUGGAGUUACAUUGAAUGGGUUGAAAAUGAAGUUGUCACCACAGGUGUGGUGAACGCGCAGACACAAACGGAUUUGGGGCCCUCUGAGCACAAGGAGUGUCAGACCAGCAACCCAGUCAUAAUGCACAUAGAUCUCACACGGACGCACUCUAAGUUGAGACAUUCGUCCCUGGUGGACACUCAUGGUUUGGUUGCACCUUUGUUCCAGUUUGACCGGCAGGCUCCUGGCCGCAUCUCCACAUCUCCCACCUUAAGGAGGAUGAGGAGCACCCGACGUCCUCUAAAUGAUUCUGUCAGAAUGGGGAGGACAAAGGAGGAGCCUUCCACUGCGAGCACGCCAUCCACCAUAUCCCCCCUGUCCCCAGGACACAGAGUCAAGUCUCCUCUUGCAGCGAGCCCCCUCUCUGAUGGAGAGAUCUGUCAUGAUCAUCAGUCCAUUUCAUCCUCUGGCCGACAGAGAACAAGAUCACAUAGAUCAAAGACUUUUGACAACGGUUUUGCUUCCACGAGGCAAGAAUGCCGCAGUGCUCAUCCUACUCUUAUGAAAGAAUUUGGAUUUCCUGAUGGUGAAGUACAGGAGAAAGGGCAUUACCAUAAUAGGCUGCAGGAGAGGAGGCGGAGCUCUGUGGUUGUCAGCUUGCCAGGAUUGGAUGUUUCACCAGGAGACCUUUUUGUAUCCAAUGGAGUUGCUGACAUAUUGAACGGGUCCAACUUCUCUGAUACUAAGAAGUUAAAGUGGCCUUUUUCAAGACGUAGUACGACUAAAGGGAAGUCGCACAUAGGCACUGUGUCAGAUAUCGAGAAAUAUCUCUCAACAGUACAGAUUCCAGACUGGAGAAACCCUGACCUUCAGAAGUAUAAGGACUACUCUCUGUCAGAGUUCCUGCGGGACCAGUCUUCCCAGGUGAACGCCACCUCUGACCCUCAGGGCUUCAAGAGACAAGAGGCUAUCUGGGAACUCUUCACUAGCGAGUGUGUUUACUUCCUGGAUCAGCUCAUGGUUCUCAAAGAGGUGUUUUUGGCAGCACUCACAAACCUGCAUGAGAGGAACUGCCUGACUGAUGUUGACUCGUGGAGGCUGUUUGCAAACCUCAACGAGCUUUGCCUGGUGAGCUUUGGUUUCCUGAACAACCUCCUCCAUGUCAUCAAGGAUGCGUUGGAGAUUACCGAGGGUGGCAGGCCCACCCUGCUGGAGCUGCUUGGCAAGGCUUUCCAAGAGAGCAUAUGCCACUGCCUACAGAAGUACUGCCUCAAUUACUCCACCGCUCUGCUUUAUCUGGACAGCCUGAAGCCAAGAGAGGACUUUGGAUCAUAUGUGAAGUGGUGUGAGAGGAAUGAGCAGUGCAGGAGGCUGCAACUGCGUGACCUGCUGGUGGCACCACUGCAGAGACUCACCCGAUAUCCGCUCUUGCUGCGGAAUAUCGCAAAGAGAUUUCAGACAGAGGAGGAAACCAGAGGCCUGCAGGCUGUAGCAGAGCAAGUGGACACAUCUAUAUGUGAUUUAGAGGGAAAGGUCAAAUGGCUGGAUAACUACCAGAAGGUGAAACAGCUGAGAGAUGCCCUGGUUUGGCUGCCUGUUUGGGAGAGAGACAAACGUGCCUUCAUCCCUGAGAAUCUGAAGCAUCUUUUGAAGGCUGUCACCCUGGAGAAUCUCAUUUCUCACAGGAGCCUGCUUCACGAAGGGAAACUGGUGCUCAUAGAGAACACAAAGAUGAUCGAUGUCUAUCUGUUCCUGUUUGACGAAUUCCUGCUGAUCACAAAGAUAAAGCGAAACAAGAAGCGGUCCAUCGGCCCAGAACAAAAUCCUCUUAGGACGCCGCAGCACCUGGAGCUGGAUCAGCUGCUGAAGGAGGGAUGCACCUUCACGGUUCUGGACCAGCCUGUCUCUCUGGACCGACUCCAGCUCAAGAACAUUGAUCAACUUAACGCCUCAACAUCGGGGCUGCCUCAUUCUUUCAUAGUCAUGCACCAGAACCGCUACCAGCAGUGCAUAGGUGCAUUCAUCCUGCAAGCUGCGUCAGAGGCUGCCAAGCGAGUGUGGAUGUCAAAGAUAGAGGGCGCCAUGACGGCACUGCUGAAGCUGGACUCUCAGCAGCCGCGAGUCAAGGGCUACUCACUGUGGCUGGAGUCUUCACAGAUAUGACCCAUCAGACAGCACUAGAAGCCAUCUCAACCGUCCCUACUGUCAAUGUGCACUUCACUGUCCCCCUGAAGUCUUUUAAAUGACUGUUCUAGCACUAGGAUUAUUUUGUAAAUUCAUUGUUAGCCCUGAGAGGCAGCUGCUGCAGUAGUGUACA